ACUCAGUCACUACUACAGAGCCAGUAAAGACUAUGAUUUGCUUCACCACUUGCUCCCACUUAUAAAAAAAGGUCAGUAGAUCAAUAUAGUCUCUCUUGCUUGCUCUUUCUACUAGAUCGGGAUCUGGACCUUUUCUCUUACACUCUUCUCUCUCUGCGAGGAGGGAGAUCUGUGAGUCUGCAACCCCUUUUCUCUGGUGCAUGUGACUAGGGAUUGUGCCUUGGGUCUAUAGGAGGAACAUGGCUAUGGGGAAGUAUUCUCGUGUAGAUGGGAAGAAGUCAUCAGGCUAUGGCUUAACCAUCACCAUAGUCUUAGUUGUUUCUCUCUGUUUGGUUGGGGCCUGGAUGUUCAUGUCUUCUUGGUCUGCUCCUACCGAGUCUGUUGACUUCUCUUCUAACCAGACUCCAAAGGAUGUGGAAACUACUACCAAGACUUAUUUCACAAACGAAGAAUUUGACAAAGGUUCCAAGACUGAGGAAACUGAGGUUGUGACAGAAAGCAACGAGGAGAAGCCUGAUCCUGAGAGCUCUGGUGAGGAGAAAACGGAGCAGGUUGAGGAGAAAAAGGAGUUUGAAGACAAGAAUGGUGAAGGGGAUAGAAAAGAUGGAGAGGGUGAGUCAGAAAGUGAUGAAACGAAGCAGAAAGAGAAGACACAACUGGAAGAGAGCUCGGAGGAAAACAAAUCAGAGGAUGGUAAUGGAACCGAAGAGAAUACUGAAGAAAACACUGAGAAGAAGACAGAAGAUAGCGCUGGCGAAACUGAAGAGAACACUGAGAAGAGCACUGGUGACCAGGCCGAGAUUACAAAGGAGUCGAGCAGUGGAAGCGGGGCUUGGUCUACACAAUUGGUUGAGUCGCAGAACGAGAAGAAAGCACAAGUGUCCUCAAUCAAAUGGAAAGUCUGCAAUGUGACAGCUGGACCAGACUACAUCCCUUGCCUUGACAACUGGCAAGCUAUCAAGAAGCUUCAUUCCACUAAGCAUUAUGAACAUCGCGAGAGGCAUUGUCCUGAGGAAUCUCCAACCUGCCUUGUUUCUCUUCCCGAAGGGUAUAAGCGAUCCAUCAAAUGGCCUAAGAGCAGAGAAAAGAUAUGGUACAACAACAUUCCUCACACCAAGCUUGCACAAGUGAAAGGACAUCAAAACUGGGUGAAGAUGAGUGGUGAAUACUUAACAUUCCCUGGUGGUGGUACUCAGUUCAAGAACGGUGCUCUUCACUAUAUCGAUUUCCUCCAAGAGUCAUAUCCUGAUAUUGCUUGGGGAAACAGAACACGUGUUAUAUUGGAUGUUGGGUGUGGUGUUGCUAGCUUCGGAGGAUAUCUUUUCGACAGAGAUGUGCUUGCUUUGUCAUUUGCACCCAAAGAUGAACACGAGGCGCAGGUGCAGUUUGCUUUGGAACGUGGUAUCCCUGCAAUGUCAAAUGUUAUGGGAACCAAGAGAUUGCCUUUCCCAGGAUCUGUUUUCGAUCUUAUCCAUUGUGCUCGUUGUAGAGUCCCUUGGCAUAUUGAAGGUGGCAAACUACUUUUGGAACUGAACCGUGCAUUGAGGCCUGGUGGUUUCUUUGUCUGGUCAGCGACUCCAGUUUACAGGAAGACCGAAGAAGACGUUGGCAUAUGGAAAGCUAUGUCGAAGCUAACAAAGGCAAUGUGCUGGAAACUAAUGACGAUAAAGAAAGAUAAACUGAAUGAAGUUGGUGCUGCCAUUUACCAAAAGCCAAUGUCGAAUGAUUGCUACAACCAAAGAUCUCAAAACGAGCCACCUCUCUGCAAAGAUUCUGAUGAUCAAAACGCCGCUUGGAAUGUUCCUCUUGAGGCAUGUAUGCACAAAGUGACAGAAGACUCAUCAAAACGCGGAGCAGUUUGGCCUGAGAGUUGGCCAGAGAGAGUAGAGACUGUUCCUCAGUGGUUGGAUUCUCAGGAAGGUGUGUAUGGAAAACCUGCACAAGAGGAUUUCACAGCAGACCAAGAACGCUGGAAGACUAUUGUUUCAAAGUCAUACCUCAACGGUAUGGGAAUCGAUUGGUCGUAUGUGAGAAAUGUGAUGGACAUGAGAGCUGUCUAUGGAGGUUUUGCUGCUGCAUUGAAGGAUCUGAAGCUGUGGGUGAUGAAUGUAGUACCUAUCGACUCAGCUGAUACGCUACCAAUUAUAUAUGAACGUGGUUUGUUUGGAAUCUACCAUGACUGGUGUGAAUCAUUCAGCACUUACCCUCGAACUUACGACCUUCUUCAUGCUGAUCAUCUUUUCUCUGCAUUGAAGAAGAGGUGCAGCUUGGUGUCGGCAAUGGCUGAAGUGGACAGGAUUCUUAGACCACAAGGAACUUUUAUAGUAAGAGAUGACAUGGAAACAAUAGGAGAAAUAGAGAAGAUGGUGAAAUCGAUGAAAUGGAAUGUAAGAAUGACACAUUCCAAAGAUGGAGAAGGGGUGCUCUCUGUUCAGAAGUCAUUGUGGCGUCCUACAGAGGUCGAGACAGUUACAUGGGCAAUAGCCUGAGGUGAAUGGAAAACUAAGAAGAAUAAAUGGUUUUUUUUUACUUUCUAUAGUUUCAUAAUUAAGUUUUUUCCUUUAUGAUCACAUUGAUUGUUACUUGUAUUAGUCCAAUAUUUGUAUCCCUUUUUCCUUUGCAUUGACAAAAAUUGUAUACAAGACAAUUGUCUCAAAAGUGUAAACUUAUGAGUUUAUGGUUUGGUCCUAA